AUGGAAGACGAGACAAUGCGCAAGUUCUUCUUGAAACGUAAAUCAAAUACAGGCCGCGUAGAUCUCCGCAGCGGUGAGCAAGACAUUUCGACGGCGCCAGCACCCGAGACGCAAGCAUUGGUGUUAUCGUCAACAAUAGCGACAAGUAUGCCAACCGAAGCAGCCAAGGCCUACGGGCCACUGGUACUGAGCGACCCCGAGAAGGCUGCAGUGGAUAUCGUCUUCAUCCAUGGCCUUGGUGGGAAUCGAAUAGGAACCUGGACAGAGCGUACGGCGGAUGACAAACAAACUGCGUGCUUCUGGCCCCGCGAUUUACUUCCUGUCGACCUUCCCGACGCACGCAUCAUCACAUGGGGCUAUGCCGCAGCAACGAUCAAGACGUUGGAUGUCGUAUCGAUUGCAAACCCAACGCAACACGCGGAGAAGCUCUGCUCAGAACUAGCAAGUCUCCGAGUCGGUGUCGUCGAUCGCCCAAUCCUUUUCAUCGCUCAUAGCAUGGGAGGUAUAGUAGCUAAGAAAGCCCUUCUCAAUUCGCAGGACUCCAAUGUCGACAGUAUCGCGCCGUUAGUACACGAUACGUGCGGCAUCAUCUUCAUGGGUACACCUCAUUGUGGCUCAGAGUUGGCGAAUGCGGCUUCUUUCCUCACCAAGAUCGUCGGCAUCUUCCACACAGUCAACUCUUCGAUGCUCGAAGGGCUUCAAAGUCAGAAUGCGCAGCUACAAGAAAUCGAUCGACGCUUCCAUCAACUUCUCGCCAAGCGCGUAGGGACAGAUAAGGCCGUGGAAGUACGCUGCUUCUGCGAGAGCGUGCCUUUUCCCGGAAUCGGCAUCAUUGUUCCAGAUUAUUCGGCCGGCCCACCGGGGUAUGAGCGCAUCGUCGUGGAUGCGAACCAUAUUGAGAUGACCAAGUUCUCCAAGAGAGAGGACCAGACAUAUCAGAACGUCUUGGCUGAGCUGAGACGGAUGAUCAAGCUGGCGAAAGAACAGCAUGGAGACCAAAGCGACCCGAGUUUGCAGAGAGCAAACGUCAGCCACGUUGGUAAUAACGAUCGAGGUGCCUUGGCCAACUACGGAAGUCAAACCAUUGGCACGGGCAAGGGUGGUUCAACCCAUUACGGUAGGUGUUUCCUGUGCCAUGAUUGA